AUGGGUUUUAAAGUUAGCCAACGUUGUCUAUUGUUGUUUCUUUUUCUACUCUCUAAUAAUAGUCUUCUAGUGUAUGUCAAUGGAGAAACAGAAAAGAUUAGUUGUAAUAUGUUUGAGGGCAGUUGGGUGGUGGAUCCGUCGUAUCCACUCUACAAUGCAAGUAUCUGCCCUUUCGUUGGCAAAGAGUUCGAUUGUGUUGAAAAUGGGCGCCCCGAUCAACUCUACCUGCAAUAUCGAUGGCAACCAGCUCAUGGUUGCUCGUUAUCAAGAUUUGACGGACGCAACUUUUUGGAGAAACUAAGGGGCAAGACUAUAAUGUUUGUGGGAGACUCAUUGAGCAAAAAUCAUUGGCUAUCAUUAUUAUGUAUGAUCCAUUCAUCAGUACCUUCUGAAAGUUAUGAUGUUAAUCUCUCUGCAGCCAAGGGCAUGACCACUUACACCUUUACGGGUUAUGGAGUGAAAGUCAUAUACCAUCAUAGCUUAUAUUUGGUAGAUGUUGUCAAGGCAAAAACCGGAAAGGUGUUGAAAUUGGAUUCAAUUACAAAUGGCAACCUCUGGUUGGAUGUUGAUUAUCUUAUCUUUAACACGUGGCACUGGUGGACCCGAAAGGGCCCUAAACAACCAUUUGACUAUAUACAAGAGGGAAAUAAAGUGUAUAAAGAAGGAGACAUGGAUCGUCUAGUUGCUUUCGGGAAGGCUAUUGAUACAUGGGGUCGAUGGGUUGAUGCCAAUAUUGAUCCACUUAAGUCUAAAGUUUUCUUUCAAGGGAUUUCACCUACUCAUUACAACGGCACAAAUUGGGGGGAACCACUCGCACAAGCUUGCAUAGGACAGAAAGUACCAAUUCCUGGCUCCACCUACACCGGAACACCUUCCGCCGCACUCGAGGUUUUGAAAUAUGAAUUGAAAACCAUCAAAAAACCAGUGACUUUGUUGGACAUAACUAACCUCUCGUCUAUGCGAAAAGAUGGGCAUCCAUCAACGUACGGGCUUGACAAGAAAUCUGGGAAGGAUUGCAGUCAUUGGUGCCUAGCCGGAGUUCCUGAUACUUGGAAUAUUUUACUCUACAAUAUUCUUAUGUUAUAAAAAUUGAAGCAACAAUAGUUAGUUGUUGGAUUGUUAUAUAGAAAAUAGUUAGAUAAGAUACGAUGUUUGUGUUUGUAAUCUUAAUAAAGAUAGUGCAGAUAUAUCUCCAUAUAAGUUAUACGAUUAGUUUUAAUAA